AUUGGAAAAUAUGGAAGAAAAAGAAGAUAUAAUAGGGGAUAAAAAGUAUAGACAUAAGAAUAAUGCUUUCUGGAGAGUGACUUUGGAUGAUGGAUGACUACCUUUUUCUCAUAUUAGGCCUUCUAUAAAGGAGUUCACACAGGAAGUACUUAAGAAAGAUGCUCCAGAACAAUUUAAUCUCUCUGAAGCUAGUAUCCAUAAUGUUUUCAGAAGCUUUAAAGGAAAAGUAGCUCCAGUUUUUAACAAAGGAAACCUGAUCUACAACCAAAAUGAGCAUGAAUGGUACAAGGUAGUUGACUUGAAAACUGAUGGCGACUAUACCCCAACCUGGGCAAGCCUUAGUAAAAAUGACGGAUCGGAGUCCAAAGAGAUCUCUGAUGAAAAAGAUUUUAAAGAAUUCAAGAACACCAUCAAGCUAUUUCUCAAUAUCAACCAAGACAAUAACGAAACUAUCACCUUGGAAGUAAAUCCAGGGAUUUAUGAUAAGUUUGACACUACCUUUGACGCUUUGUUUGAAGGAUUGGGAAAAGCACUUUCAGAAUACAAAAUAUUUUUCAGAGGUAAAGAAAUUGACAGGAACUCAACAGUUGCUACCUUAGAAGACAUCCAUGAAGGUGACUCAAUCUAUGCGUCGGAAGGGUACGGAGUACCCUUCCGCUUUCUCAGAUUCAAGAAAGUGACUACUGAUUACUUCUGGUGUAAUUCUGGAAAUUAUCCUGAUGGAAUCUGAUUUGUGCCCACACAAGAUAUCAGACUCUUCGGUUUUAGUACCUAUUCUUCUCCUAAGAAAGAUUCAUAUGAGAUGAAAUACAGAAUAAAAAUUGAUGGCACUGAAGUAGAAGAGGAUACCGUAAUGUGCUCUGGUUGGGAAGAUGAGCACUAUUAUAGAUUCAGACUUCAGAGAGUUUACCCGGUUUCGAAAGAGCAAAAAAUAGACAUAACAGUCUGGAUUGCUGAAAGUAUGUCAUCUCAUACAAAUGUUGAAACUUAUCAUGGCAACGAUGGCUAUACCUAUCAUGAAGUUGAAAAUGAGCACAAAGGAUUGUUUAAAGUUGAGAGCGGAAGUGAAAGUGGCAAUGGAACUUCAGUAUAUUCAGGUCAGAUACCUGAAAUCUUGUAUUUCAUGUAA